AAAAUAAUUGAAAUUUAAUUAAACAUAAAUCGUGAGCAAUUAAAAACGCUUUUGUUAAAAUAAAAAAUAAUAAUAAUAAACAAAACACUUUAUAACAAAAACAAGGACCAAAAAUAUUUUCAUAACCUUUGGAAAUAUAAAAGAGGAAUUUUAUUUCCUGUAAAAAAAAAGAAAACAAUUUUAAAAAGGGUUUUAUUUCCUAAUUUGAAAAGUUAAAAGAAAAUCAAAAAAAUAACAACAAUAAUAAUCAUAAUAAUGAUAAGAACAACGACUACAAUAAUAAAGAGUUUCAAGCAUUAAGGAUAAACCGAAAAAGUUAUAAUUUGAAAAUAUUUCAGAAUUCAAUAAAAGAAAGAACAACGCAAAUUGCAAAGCAAAGUAAAGCAAAAAAUAAAAAUAAUCUCAAAUCCAAAUUAAAAAUUUUUAAAUUAAAAUAUUUCUCUUUGCGGCCCACGAGUCCAGCCUAAAUGACAACAUGAGUUUUUUAAGUUCCAUGCAGCAGUAUGUUACCAGUGGCAUUAGCAGUUUGGGUUUAGGUAAUCGUCGUUUUUCCUUAUCCCGCCAAGAAUCAAGUGAGCAUCAAAAUCAACAACAUCCUUCUACUACUGGACCUCCUAACGUUCCUUUAACACCAUGUCCUACACCAAAUAUACAAGGUACUAUACCCGGUACCGCAAAUAUAUUUAAUGUAGUAGUUCCUACGGUAGGCACUUCACCUGGACAGAUGAGUGGUGGCAGUUAUCCGACUGGAGGUGUUGUUAUAGGCAAUCCAAAUGCUACUAAUCCAUUGUUGGGUUAUCCAAAAGUUGUACCCACUCCUGGAGUUACCGCCGCCUGUGUAAGUACUCCACCACAAACAGGUACGAAUUCAGCCAAUAGCACCCCCAUUGGUUCUCGUCGUCAAUCACGUGCCCUAGAGUGCUUGGCACCACCACGUACUGGUUCAUUUCGCCAACGUAACUCACCACUUCAUCAAGCGGAGACCACACAACGCACAUCGCUGGCUUUUUGUAAAAGACGUCUAUCGUGGCCGGAAGUAGAUCCACGUUCUAAUUCUGGCGUACAAGAAACAGAUGGAUCAUUUUUCGAAAAUUUCACAUCAUUGGGAUGGAAACGGGAAAAUCGUCGUAUGUCGGCAACGCGUGCAGCUGAAGCACGUGCCGAGGCACAUCAUGAAAAUGAACGAGAACCGCCCAAUAUUGCUGAAGAUUCGAUAGAUAAACAAGAGGAGAAUGAAAAAUUAUAUAUGGAAGUAUUGCAAACAAUUGCCAAUACUGUAGGUGCACCAGCACCAGGAGGACAGUAUGCCCAUUAUAAAGAGGAAAUGUAUUUGCAUGCUCAACGUGCAUUUGGCAUUAGUCCAGAUCGUCAUUAUCGCCUGUUGCAUGCAACAGCUGAAGAUAAACCCAAAGUUAUUGUCCUGUCAGUGGUUGUACUCGAGGCAGAGGGUUUAGAAGCCAAAGAUGCAAAUGACAUUUUAAUCUUAAACUAUUUACCAUUUAUACACACUUACAAUUUAAAUUUCUCAUUCCAUUUGGGAUUCAACGUGUGCGGUUUAAUUGAUGUUGCGCAAAUGAAUUUUGCUGGCACUGGACCACCCAGUGAAUCACGCUGUUCACGACGACUGCUGCCUUCGCGUCGCUUAAAACUCAAACGAAAACUGUGCUUACGAUGUGGCGGUGAAUCGGUAGCAUUGUUGUCGAACGCACUCAUAUCGGCGGACAAAGCUCGAGGUGUCGGUGGCAGUGGCAAUGGUGAAACGGGUGGACCACCAUCUGGCUUACUGGGUAUAUCGGCAAUUGGUAUAUUAACGCAACCCAAAAAAUCAUCCUGUGAACCUUGUCGUGCCGAUUGGCAGACCUGUUUAAAAAAUCUUCCCAAACCGCGUACACCGCGUACCUCAUUUAAACGUGAUACAGCAUCGAGUACACAACUUUCAUCAUCAUGGUCCCAGAUGUCCAAAUUCGUUGCCGCCGCAAAACUGAAUCGCAACACACCCCUAGAUCCCAAAUUCAUGCAUCGUCUCCUUACCGAUGUCGAAAAACAAUGGAAUGCCUCCAGUCAAGAGCAUUUAACACGUGAACUCGAACAAUGGUUGGCUGAAGCCAUGAACGGUUUCGUUGAACGUUCUCUCCAUCAAAUACGACGACAUCGUGACAUUUUUCCAGCUCUUAAUCCACCAUCACUCAUUCGUCUGGAGUUCCUCUUACGUUGUUUGGGUCUUUUGGGUUCAAUGCGUGCAUUUCGUGUGGUCUGUCCCUUCAAUAAGGGGGUGCGCGGUGAGGUGGUGAAUGCCUUACGUAAAGGUUCAGUGACAUGGGGACAGAAUAUUUUAAAAGAAGCACAAAAUCUACCAAAUCCCUUGGCUCAUUUUGUGACAACAUUAACGGCUGAUAUACAAAUUGGACAAUCUUACUAUCAUUCGUUGUUUGACAACACCAAUGGUAUACAAUACUUUAGUAUAGUCUAUAAACAAUUCGAUGCCAUGAUUGGAGAUGAAGUCUAUCAUCGCAUGGAAUCCGGUCAAGUGCCCGGUGUACGUCUUAAUCUCUCACAUUAUACAGUUCUCGAAGGAGAUACCGAUUCGUUAGAUAUUAAACCGUUUGAACUAUUUUUGGCACUCCAAGAAUUUUGUCAAUUAAAACGAUUCCUAUCGGCACAACCGCAACCGCCCGAAAAACCUUUAGCUUUGGAACGUUGUCACGAAUGGUUUAUACCUGUUUUCGAACGAUGGAUGAUGAUUAGUAAAGCAAAAGCACUGCAACGCAUCAGAGCUGCCAUACGUCUGGAUGCCAUUUGUGAGGGUGAACGUGUUGUGCGUUAUAGUUCUUCAUCGGUGGAUACCGCCUCGACAUUAGUUAAUAUUAAGGAAUUUUGGAAGAUAAUUAACUGGCCGGAUGAGGAGACGGGCGUUAUACUCGAAUCACAACUAAUAGAUGUUGUUUGUGCCACCGCCAUGCAUUAUUGUGACCUGAUACAUACCGCUUUAGCGGACAGUGGCUAUUAUGAAAUACAAGGUCCAUUCCGUUGUUCCGACGACAUGUGUGUUACGGUCAAUAAUUUAGAGUAUGUUAGAUUUACCUUGGCGGACUUUCGUUCCGAUGACAAUCUUUUGGAGGAGACAGCAGACAAUUUGUUGGAAUCAAGUUUGGCUCAUAUAGAAAAUCGUUGUGAACGUAUACUUUCCAAAUUGGCCCCACUAAUGCAAACAUCUCUGCAAAAGUCGGUAUUUCAUUUAGCCUGGUCACCGGAUUCCCUACCAGCCAAUCAGGCCACAGUACCUUUAUUGGAAUAUCUCAAUUCACAUUUGGGCGCUUUAAAUAGUGCUCUCUUGCCGAAAAACUUUAAUCGGGCCUUGCGUUUUGUUUGGAAGACGGUCUUGGGAGAAAUGACAAGUCAAAUGGAAACCGGAGAUGAUGCUGAAAAACCUUCGAACUUUCACAAACGCCUCUAUGAAGCUUUACAGUUAUUAGUGGAUUUCUUUCAUGCUGAAGGUCAGGGUUUAUCCCUAGAAUGUUUACAUUCAGAUGAUUUUUGGAUGGUGGAACAACGUUUACAAUUUCAUAAAACCGAAACCACACGUCUAAUAGACAUGUUCUAUAUGAAUCGCUUAAGGGAACAAUUAAUGGCCACUACUCCGGGUCCUUAUGGCUCUUUGACCGUGAGGGCGUAUUUCAAUCAUGACUCUUUGUGUGUAGAAGUAUUGCAUGCUCGUGAUAUUGUGCCCCUGGAUCCUAAUGGUUUCAGUGAUCCUUUUGUUAUAGUUGAAUUGCUGCCGCGACGUGUUUUCAGUCAUUGUAUGGAACAGCAAACUAAUGUGCAUAAGAAAACCCUCAAUCCCAUUUUUGAUGAAUGUUUUGAGUUCUCUGUUACCUUGGAACAGUGUCUUACUGAAGGUGCUAUGGUCUGUUUUACCGUUAUGGAUCAUGAUGUUAUAACAGCGAAUGAUUUUGGAGGCGAGGCCUUUCUGGCAUUGGGUAGUAUUCCCGGUGUGGCCGAUUACAAUUCUAGUGUUGAAAAUUUUCAUGGUCUGAAACAAAUUGAAUUACCCUUGAUGCAACAACUGGAGAAAUGCAAUCCCAUCUUACAAAUUCUGGAAUUACGUGUUAAUGACAAACUAGCUCAAGAUUUUGUACGUAAGCAAAAGGCACGAAUAAUCGAAUAAAAAGCUAAACAACUAUGAAAAUUUGACCGAAGUUUGAAAGUUUAUGAAACGAAGCUACAAUCAAAUUGUAUGUAUGAAAUUUUUAAAAUUUUAACUACAAUUAAAAUAAAAACAAAUUUAUUACAAAAAAAACUAUUGACAAUUGUAUAAAUUUAUAAAAAAAACUUGAAAGUGAAUUUAAAAAAUGGUGCAUAAAGACUAUAGAAGAAACCAAAAACAAAUAUAGAGAAAACUUUAGAAUAAACGGAUCUUAGAGAAAGCGUACUAGAAUUUGUAACAUUUGGUAAAAUAAACAACAAAAAAUAACAAAUACAAAGUU